AUGGGUGCUGCACAGCUAUCUGAAAGCGAAUUCCCUGUCUCAGUAACCCUCUCCUUCCCUUUUCCAACUCAUCGCCUCGCUUCCGCCGCACUGCAGACUAUCGAGGUCGACACCGAGCUGUCCCCGUCCGUGAGACGCACCAUGACUCUCACAGCCCCAGCUUCCGAGAACGGCGACGAACCACAGGGAAAGAAGCAAAAGCAGGAUCCUGAUGAGUCGAAAAGCGUGCUGCAGACUACCUACCGUGCCACUACCAAUCGCAUGCUGCGUGUUGCGGUCAAUGGAUUCAUGGAGAGCUUGGGAGUGGUUCUCGGCGUCAUGAAGGAGUUGGAUGUCGAUGUGCUCCGGGCGGAGAUGGAAGAUUGA